ACAUGACUGACUUAACGGAGCAGUCUCUAAUGAUGUUAAGGGAGGGACUGAUUUGGGCUUUGAAACGUGAUUUUUGAGUUACCAAGUACCAACGUAUUUUAUUAUCUCGAGAGAAGAAAACCAUAAAAGAGACAUUCACGAGGGACCAAAUGUGUAAUUCACUCAUUACACAUAAGAACUGCGUUUAAUUGCAAUAACCGUAAUCUUCAUUUUCUCUUCCCGUAACUGCACAAAUGCAUUCUCUCCUUCCCUGGAUGCGGCGGCCAAUGGUGGCGCACUGCCGUCACCGGUUCUCCAAAACAGCGAUACUAGUACCAUUAGCUUUAAUUCUAGUGCUCUUCACAGCCGUCGUCGGUGGUAAGAAACACAUCGUGGGAGGCUCUAUUUGGUCCAUUCCUCCCAGCAAAAACUUCUAUAAUAACUGGUCCUCUUCUCAGUCUUUCCAUCCCGGCGACAUUCUCCAUUUCGAGUUCGAAUCACAAAUGUACAAUGUGCUUCAAGUAUCAUAUGGGCAGUACGCACGUUGCGAAUGGGAAUAUCCAGAGAAUAUUUACAGCGAUGGGCCGGCGUUGGUUUCUUUGACAAAAACAGGUGAGUUGUAUUUCACAUGCAGUAUCUUCAAUUACUGUUUAUUAGGGCUAAAAAUGAUCGUAGAUGUCACCCCAUCUCCUCCUCCACCGCAACCCUAGUUGAUCUUCUCCGGCUACCGUUUAUGCAAUCAAUCCGACGUUAAUUAAGUUUCAUUGGUAAUUUGCAAUUGGGGAUUUAGUGUUGUUGUAUAUGACCCUCUUUUAUGGCAUCAGAUUAUUUGCAUA